CGAUCUGGAUGCCCCUCUUGGACAGCAAACAUGCCAAAUAGGCCAUUGUCAGCCGAUUGAGGCCUUUGGCGCCCCGUGCGCGAGAUAUAUAACGAAACCUCUGCCCAGCUCUGUAGCUCGAUACCAGCAAUUGAGGAGUUAUUGUCCCCUUGAAUCAUCCAGGAAGCCGAAAUGUCGUCAAUGAACAAGUACUGGAUCCCACAAUUGGAUAUCCACAAAAAAGUCAUCACUCAAGAGCUCCAGUAUUAUCUGGGACCUCAAGCAACAGUCAGACCCUUUACUCGAGAGGGAGAAGAUGGAUUUCUGAUCACGACACCCGGGCCAUGCCUAAGCGAUGAGCAAAUCGAUGAUAUUUGCGUUAAGUCCAAAGAGAUGUGGGAAAAGCAAGCAGCAGCUCGAGCAGUCGGGACCCCGAAUAAACCUCUCAAGAGGCCGCUACAUCAGCCCGUUGUGAUAGCCCAGGCAAGCUUAGACGGAACAGAGCCCUCGAAGAGAAGAAGAGACGACCGACGGGAUGACCGGCGAGAUGACAGGAGAGGCGACCGCAGGUGGGGUGAACAGAGGAGUCGACGCGACGACCGAAGCUGGUCCAACGAGAGACGCCGUGAUUGAAGCAGGUAAUCCACAAUCUCGAGUGUCAUAUUGUUCUAAUAGCAGGGCAGGAACCAUAUUGCUGGACACU